AUGAUGGUUUUCCCUGUUCGCCAAUUGAAGAGAUCAGCAGGUGGAAACCGUUGCUUGAUUUGUUUGACGAGAGGUGGUUUGUCGAACCUUCUGGUGGCGUGGCUGAGCAGCGUCGUCGCCUCAUUGCACGCCACCUUGAGACAUGGACCGAUGCAAAAACUACGAUGUUUGGCGCAUCGACCCCCGAGGAGGGAGCUGCACGGAGGACGGAUGCGAACGAUUUGCGCAACGCUCUCCUCGUCGACAGGUGCCGCCCGUUCGCCGAUUUGGUGGUUGACAGUUUGUAGCGAGGCGCGCUUCGGCCAUGCUGUGUUGAUCGACGUCGAGAGAAGCUGCUGCAAGUUUAUGAAGUUGAAUUUCGUCCCCAGUUGCUCAAGGCUGAAGCAACCACGUACCGGCAUGAAAAAGGACGCAGUCGGCAUUUGUAUUUCUCUGCGUCCAGGUUUUAGCAGGCUUCAAAACGAGGCUCAGAGAUUCUGCACGAAAUUUCUCCAGGGGUACAUAUCCAGGAAGGUCGAGGAGGUCCAGGAAGCAGCCUCCUUCCGAGACCCCCGACGCUCUUUUGUCACAACGUCGACCCCCACAGGUCUGGACCCCUCCCCCAGGACUGGCCUUUCAUCCUGA